UAUAUAAGUAUAAAUUGGUUGCCGACAAGUGCUUUAAUUUAAAAUUUUAAAUUCGACUUAGUUGACAUUAGAUAUAGUGACUCUAAUUAUCAAGGUAUAACUCAAGUAUCUCAUACUACUUUUCUUUAUCAUUCAAUAUAGCCCUCAACAAACGUAUUUUAUAAUAUAGGUGAACAUUGUGAUAAAAGUAGUGAUGAUCGUGUUUUCGUUUUGAAAAAUGUAGUUUUUAUUUUAACAAAAUUGAUUUUAAUUUUGCUUAUUACUAAAUUAGGUCUAAGUAAAUAAUUGUAACAUGAAUUAUAUUAUUUGUCUUAGAUUAAUGAGAAUCGUACAAACCAUUUGAGGUUUGAAAUCAGUUAUCAAUUGAUUUGAGUAUUAUUACAAAUAAAUUAAACCAAACACCUAGGUAGUAGAUAAAAUAUUAAAAUGUCGGAGGAAACACGAAUAAAUUCUGAACAAAUGGUGUCGAAAAUGAAUCUUCAUACAUUGCUUGAAAAAUUGAAGCAUUAUUUCCAUCAUCAGGCCUUCAAAAGUGAUUUGCAACAGAAUGCCAUUAUUACAAUAUUAACGCGAAAAUGUGAUGUAUUCGUAUCAAUGCCAACUGGAUCUGGAAAGUCAUUAUGUUAUCAACUACCUGCUGUACUUCAUUCACCUAAAGUUACAAUAGUUUUUUCUCCUCUUAUAGCUUUAAUGAAGGAUCAAGUUGAUCAUUUAACACGUUUAAAAAUUCGCGCUGAAACAAUUAAUUCAAAAAUGACUGAAUCAGAACGAAAACGUGUUAUUAAUGAUUUAUAUUCUGUACAGGUGUCUACUUCAUUACUUUAUGUAACCCCUGAACAAGCAGCUACUGACUUCUUUAAGGGUUUAUUAUCCUAUUUAGUACGAAAAAGUAAACUUGCUUAUAUAGUGGUAGAUGAAGCACACUGUGUAAGCCAAUGGGGUCAUGACUUUAGACCUGACUACUUGAAAUUGGGAGUGUUAAGGAAACUUUAUUUGAAUAUUCCAUGGAUUGCACUUACAGCAACAGCUAGUGCAGAUGUCGUUAAAGACAUUAUGGAUGUAUUAUGUCUUAAAAAUCCAGUUGCAAAGUUUACUACACCAUGUUUUCGAUCAAAUUUAUUUUAUGAUGUUAUAUUUGACGAUUCUAUUGGAAAUUCCUAUCAACAUUUGAAAGACUUCAUUGAUCAAUGUUUAUGCGAUGAUUUAAAUUGUUUGGAAAAUACUCCAAACAUAAAUCCGUUGAAUCAACCAUGUGGUAUAAUAUACUGUAGAACUAGAGAACUAACCGAAGAAAUAGCCACAGUUCUAAGUCGGAAAGGUGUUUCCAUUGCCCCGUAUCAUGCUGGGUUAAAAGAUAAAGAACGACUUGCGGUACAAGAAGCAUUUAUGAGUGGACAUAUUCAAGUUAUAACAGCAACUAUAAGCUUUGGAAUGGGAAUUGAUAAAGCAACUGUGAGGUUUGUGGUACACUGGGGUAUACCAUCUAGCAUUCCAGCGUAUUAUCAAGAGUCUGGUCGAGCUGGAAGAGAUGGGAAAUUAGCUCGAUGUCGAAUUUACCAUUCAAAACAAGCAAAAAAUUCAUUAGAUUUCAUUUUAAAAUCUGCAAUAACUCAAGCUAAAACUCAAGAUAAACAAAAAAAAGCUAAAGGAAGUUAUAAUAUGUUUCUUAAGAUGAUACAGUUCUGUGAAAGUGUACAAUGUAGACACGAGUUUUUUGCUGAUUAUUUUGGAGAUGACAAACCCCAAUGUAUCGAUAAAUGUGAUGUAUGCUCAAAUAAAGAAGCUGUAAAAAUAGAUUUGGAUGUAUUUAUGUAUGGAGUAAAUAACAGGAAUUAUACAAUUGCAUCAAAUGAACAACUAGUAUCUAGUGAUUUUUAUGGAGGAGGACGCCGUGCUGUUAAUGAGGAAAAUGAAGAAUAUGCACGUGAAGGUGAAAGAGCAGAACACAAUAAAAAUUUAGAGUUAGAAUUAGAAAUAAAACGACAGUUUGAAAUUAGACGAGCUAAUAUACAAAAUAUUAUUAAAGAAAAUGAAGAAUUGGUAAAAAAUUCAAAAGUUAGAGCAGCUGCGUCUACAAUAAAAAAAGUUAAUGGUUUGCAGCUAUCAGUAAGAGAAGAAUUAUUGAGGUUCAUUGAAGAGUAUUUGGAGAAAAAUAUUGAGGCAUGUUCUUUAUUUGAUUCAAUAACAGAAAUAACAAAAGAUGAUGUUCAUAAUAUUGCAGUGGACUUAGAAUAUGAAGCGUUUACUAGCUCCAAAGUUGUAGCUGUUUAUCGGAAAAAAAUUGCUAAAACAGUAUCCCUUAUCAAAGCUGAAACAAGAGCAUCAAACAUUUUUGAUAAAAUACAAAAUUAUACUCGACCAGUGAAAAAUGAAGAAUGCAAAGUAAAUUCAAACAUAGAACUCCCACCUAUAGUUACAGCUUCAGAUCUUAUUCAAGCUCAAAUAAAAAAUCAAACGCCAGAGCCAAAAAUCAAAAGAGGAAUUAAACGAGAUCAUUUAAUGCAGCAGUCAAUGAAAUCAUUUGUACUUUCGACUACUACUACUAUUACUACUACUACUACUACUACCACUACUACUACUACUACUACUACCCCUUCUACUACUUCUGUUACAGAGAAUGAAGAAUGUGUUAUAAAAAAACCUAGAAUAGAGAAUACUGAUAGUGAUAUGGAAAUAUCUUCAGAUGACGAAGUUCAUAUUAUAGAAAGUACUAAUAUAAAUGAUCCCACACUCUCUCAAACUCCAAUUAAAGUAGAAGAAUUAUAUCUUGAACAGCAAAAAAAUUAUCCGUUUAAUAUGGACCCCAAAUUUAAUGAACCAAUUUAUUAUCAAACUACAUCUACUAAUAUACAAGUACCUAAAAUAAUUAUGGCUUCUAAUUUAAUAAAAAAUAACCAUGAAUCCAGUGCAAUUUAUGAUUCAUCCAAAGAUUCAUCAAAUGUUGAAAGUGAAUAUUCAGCUAUGAACAAUAUGCCACCAACUAAACAAGAUCAAAAUAUUCUUUUUACAUCUAAUAACACAUGUCCAAAUAGUAUAAAAAAUAAUGAAAAUGGUUUAUCACAUAUUCAAUCUAAAAGUAACAAAUCACUAAUAUCAGAAAAAAAUGUUUCUGACAUUUUUAAAGAAAUUUCAGAAAUUAUAUCUCCAUCAGAAAAUAAAAAAGAUUUAACUGCACAACAAAAUGAACUUCCGAAACAGCAAAAGCAAAAUGAUAUAAAACAAUUUGAAACACCUGCAACAAAGAGUAAUUUGAAUAAUCUCUUUGGCGAAGACAGUGAUGAUGAAUGUAAAUUAGCAGUAGUUGAUGUUAAAAAAAAAUCUUUAGGUGUCCGACUUGGUAUGUCAUCAAAUGUAAAUAUUACUAUUAAAGCAAACAAGAAUUCACAAGAGUCAAUGAAAAUAAAUAAAAAUAAGACUGAGGAUCCAAAUAACAAACAAAAAAAAUUUGAAUUGUCAAAUCUGGUUGUAAAAUUAUUAAAUCCUUACUACAAAAAUAAUUUAUUUAAAACUAAAGAACUAUUUAAAUUUAUGGCAAGACAAAUUGUUCAUAAACUAUUGGAGUCUACUAGUCACCCAGAAGAGCAAAACAUCAAAUUAAUUAUCAGAAAAUUAUUUCCAAAGGAACAGAAAAUAAAGAUUGAAUCUGAAGAUCAAAUAUUGAAGUUAUUAAGAUAAAUUCCUUAAUAUUUCAUAUUUAAUUUUUUUUUUUAUAAUUGUUAUGAUGUUUUUGUUGAAUGUGUUUGUUCCUUAUAAUUUUACUUCAGUAAGUGUUAUCAGAUUUAAGUGAUAAAAUUAAGUUUAUUUUUAUAUAUUUUUUAAUUUUAUUUUAUUUUGCUGAAAAAGACUUAUAUUAGUUAUAUUUAAUAAUUUUUUUUUUGUAAUGGGAGUUAAAAGAACCACUUUAAAUAUUUCUAUCGUUUUUUAAAUAAUCGUAUUUUAUUUAUAAAUUUGUAAUAUUAUUAUGUGACUUUUGAAGUUUGAAUAGUUGGACAUAAUUUAUGUAAUAUAUCGAAAUAUACCAUGUAUAGGUAAAUUUUUAGUCAGUCCGGUAAUUAAUUGAUAUUGGUAACAUGGACAUAGAGUCUGUUUUAAAUAUGUUUACAUUUAAAUAUCUGUAUAUCAGUUAUCCUGUCUUACAUAUCUAUAUGAAUAUGAUUUAAUAAAAAUGAAAGCAUCUUCCAACAGUUUUUUUAAAAAUA